AUGUCUCGUCUAGAUACACUUGAAAUGGUGAGCCCACCAAAGGUUCCCACACCCAAGAAGUUGAGCAUGACCCCAGAAGCAGUGGCACCAGUUGACAAAGUUGACACGCCCAGCAGUGACUCACAGAGCAAGCAGCCUUCCCCGUCUGAACGCACUAGACAGUUUUUGCAGCAAAAAAAGGAAGCAAGAGCCAGCAGUGCCGCCAAGAAAGCAGUUGCGAAGCCAAAGGCUUCCAGCAAGAAAACAACGCCCAAGAAGACAAACAGGAAAGGCACCAGCGCUAAGAAAGCAAAAAGUACCCGUAUGAAACUCAAGAAAGAAGUUCUUGCAAUUCUGGAUGGUGGGCAACAGCCCACAGCUGCCACCACUGAGGAUUCUACCAAGCCUUCCCCGAAGGCAAAGGCAAAGGCAACACCGAAAGCAUCCCCGAAACCGUCCCCGAAAGCUCAGAGCAGGAGGGCACGUAGCCAGGAAGCCACUGAUGUUGCACAGUCAGCAGCGACAGAGGAUCAGGCAAGUGAUGAGGAAGACACAACAGAGAUCGACAAAUUGGCCCACAAACUCUACAUGCGCUACUGGAGGUCAAUGAACAAGAGCCGGACAACUCCAGCCGAAAUCAAAGCCUUGCACAAGCGCUUCAGAUACUGCAAGGACCAGCAGAGCGCCUUGUACGAGGACUUCUUGAAGUGCGGGGGCCGUUGGACUGAGAGUUCGAUCUACAAGGAGAUUACCAACACCCACAUUGGGAAAAAGAGGGGUGUUCGUCGUUGGCUCACAAAGAGCCAAAUGAGGCAACACUUUGAUGCUGAUAUUGUUGAAGCCAUAGCCCACAGAAAGAAGAGUGACCCAGAGCUUGCAAUCAAUGAAGUGAGAUCCCACCCAGAACACGAACAGCUGGAGCAGUUUCUCGUUUUGAUCGAAGAUGAAGAAGAACAAGUAGAAGAAAAUAGGGUAUCCGACAUGUUUCAGUUGAAACAAACGAAAAAGUCAAGCAGCUGCAAUGUCACCAGUGAAGAUGAUGGUGAUGAAGAAGAAGAAGAAGAAAGUUCUGGAGAUGAGGAUUCCCCUAAGAAACCUAAAAAGACGAAGAAGGGAGGGAAGUCCAAGAAAGGCAAGGUACGCAAUAGCAAGAAACAGAAGAAGCCGAAGAGCAAGAAGAAGAAGAGCAAGAAGUCAAAGAAUAAAAACAAAGCAAAGACCGUUGAAGAUGAACAGAAGGAAGCCCGCAAAGAGCUUGUGAGAAAGGCCAAAAAGGUGAUCCAAGACUUGAAUAAGAAGAUCCACGAUGCAAACUCCAAAAAAUUGUCGACCACCAGCUGGUCUGAGACUGUCCGGAAGGCCAUGCUGGCUGAAGUCGAUUCCCAGACCGGAGUCCUGGGCAAGAUGCGCACGAACUUGCAGAAGGCCUUGGACAUGGCAGCUGAGGAUGCAGUCCUUGAGAAAUACAUCAAGUCCGCCACUGAUGCCAUCGAUGUUUUUGACUCCAAAAUGGAACCGAUCACUGGAAAGAAGCGACGUCAGGGGUCCAGUGACAACGUGUCCGUUAAGUCUUAG